AUUCAUCACAACAAUCCGUGGUGCCACACUGCUAAUGCUUAACAAGUACCCCUUCCACAAGAGCGGCCACCUCAUGAACGGGGGCAACCGUUACACCUGCACCAGCAUGUACAAAGGUUGCAGGUCCUACCUCCACGUGAACAAGGAAAACGUCAUAGUUACCACCUUCAUCAAACACAAUCACCCCCCCAUUAAGUUCAUCAAGCUGGAAGAUGGGAGAUACGUCAGAGAAGAUAGAUUCAGUGACAGCCUGUUGACAAAUGGCAGUUUGCAACAUGAAAUUUCUUUUAAUUUAGGACCAGCACAAUUCAUCACGACCGUUCGCGAUACCACGCUUCUAAUGCUCAACGAGUAUACUUACUACAAAGGUGGGCGUAAUGUUAAAGGAGGGGUUCGCUACACCUGCUCUUACUUGAGCAAGCCCCGGUGCAAAGCCUGUGUGCACGUCGAUAAAGACAAUAAUAUUACCACAGCCAUCGGAAUCCAUAAACACGCUCCCACUAAAUACGUUAUGAUGGAAAGCGGGCGGUACGCCACCCAACACGACAUUGAUGCAGAAAUCAAAAUUGAAAGCUCUGGGUAUUUGGCAAAAGCAACCUUCAUCACGGGUAAGCGCGGCAGUGUGAAGCUGCUAUACGAUGAGAAUACAUUCUUCAAAACUGGGAAGGUAUUGUCGAACGGCAGCCAACGUUAUUUGUGCACCAAAUACAAUUCAACGAGCUGCAGGGCCUGCGUCCACUUAGAUACGAACAAUUGUAUAAUAUAUUCAAGAAGUAAACAUAAUCAUGCUCCACCAGUGGAUGUUAGGGAUAAUAAUAUGGGACUUGUUGUACCCAUAGAAAAUUAAUUACAAUUAGUUUUAGAAUACAGGUCUCCAAUAGGUCAUCGAAUCACAGUCCGCGUGAAUAGAUUUAUCAAGCAUCUUUGAAAAUAAAAAUGAUGAAAAUUGACUUUUAAAACAAAACGAACUGUAUCUGGGAUCAAUCAAAAGUAAAGUUUAUGAUUUGAUUAUUUGAACCUAUUUUUGUGUGAAAGAUUUCGUAAAUCUACUUGCGCGGACUAAUCGUCGUUGACUACCCUUCAAGUCUAUAAACCGGGUAGUUGAAUCUACCUAUUUGAGAAAAUUAGGAUUUUUGAAGGUUCAGUUAGUGUUGUACCGCAUUUUAUUGUUUUAUCGAGUCUUUUGUAAAUCUAUUUCGCAAAAUGAUUUUAUUGUAAAAAUAUCUCAUGAUGCCAUUCAAUUUUCGAGAGCUAUGUUAGAACGACAGCAAGUCAGACUAGCCAUUUUAAAAUUGCCCCAAUACAUACAGUCAGCGUCAUACAGUUCGUGACGUCCAAUGUGACCAAAAACCAUAUUCCAAUGUGAAAGAAGACGUGUUGCGAACUUUUUGGCUACUUUACGUCACGAAUUAUUUGACGCUGACUGUACGACUACAUAAAGCUUGAUUUACUGUCGUUACAGCAUAGUUAAUCUGCAUUUGCAUUUGUGACAAAAGAUAAAUUAUGUCUCUAUUUUUAAUAAUACUUUAUGAAAUUUUAUCUCGCAUUAAAUUACAGCGAUUUUAAACACAUCAUAGGUACUGAAAAUAAAUAAUAUUUUUAACA